AUGAGCAAACCGGUCGAACAAGCCCUCGUCGGCCUCGUGCCCGCGCACAACGGACCCAUCCCGCCCGAGCUCCUCAACACCGCCGUCUCGCUGCUCGCGCAGUCGCGCAACAAGGCAAGCAGCCUGAGGCCCGAGGAGGAAAUCGCCCGUACCUACGCAUGCGCCCAUCUAGCAUGCGAGAGACUAAAACAACGCCUCAACCUCCCCCCGAUCGCCCCUCGCCCGCCCAUCCCCCCUCGCGCCUACAAGAGAGUCUACGCCUACCUCGACAGCGCCCUCACCACCACCACCACCCCCUCAUCCUCCUUCACCGGCUCCUUCUCCGGCGCCCCCGCCCAACCCCAAACCCCCAGCAGACGCGCCACCCGCACCGCCGCCGCCACCACCUACACCCCCUCGAGCCGGCGCACCCCCACCGCCACGACAACCCCGUCCCGAGCAACACCAGCCCGCAAAACACCGGCAACAACGCCGCGCGGAGCAGCAGCAGCAGCAGCAGCAGGCGACACACGCACACCGACCGCCUCCUCCACAAAAAGAAAACGAGGCGACACCGCUACCACGAACCACGGCGGCGACGGCAUCGUCCCGGCAUACGUAGCGCCCCUCAUCCGCGCGCUGUGCCGCGCACUCGACGCGCCGCGCGCCGCGGUGCCGCACGUGUACGCCGGCGUGCAGUCGGUGUUGAAGCAACAAGCCGCCAACACCACCACUCCAUCUCGGUCGUCGGCGCGGAAAACGCGUCGCGCGGAGCAUGCGCCGGCGGAGGUGGUCGUGGUCGUGGGCGAAAAGGACGUGCCGCCGCUCGUCGCCGUGUUGCUGAUGUACACGAUGAUCCGGCUGAGUGGGCGGCCGACGAGCGCGGCGGAGAUGCGGGAGAGGAGGGGGAAGGUGGUGGAGGUGUUGAGGGAGGAGGGGGGGUUCGGGGAGACGGGGGAGGAGGAGGAGGGGGAGGAGGAGCUGGUGGGGAGGGUGGAGGGGUUGUUGGUGGAGGUGAAGGAGAGGGGGUGGUUGGAUAUGGAGUGGUUUGGGAACGUGGUGCAGCAGGGUGAGGAUGAGGGUGAGGAUGUGGAUGUGGAGAUGGAGGACGGGGGGGAUACGGAGGCGGAUGAGGAUGGGGAUGAGGAUGAGGGAAGGGGGGGAGUCCCGCAGACGCCGUAUACACCGUUGAAGAAGAGGAAGACCAAGGCGGUGGAUGUGCAGGCCGGGGUGUCGCAGGGUGGGUUGGGCACGAUGAUGCAGGAUAAGGUGGAUUAUUUGAGUGAGGCGAGGAGAGCGGGGUUCUUGAGGUGGAAGGCGAAAAUCAUGAAGAGGGUGGAGCAGAUUGAGCGGGAGGACGGUCAGCAGGCCAUGGAUGUCUCGGUGUGA